AAAAAAUUUUGUGUUGACGCAGCACAUACAGUAGGUAGCGCGAGAAUGAUAAAAGAUUGAUACCUGGUGAGAACAAAGCCGUGUAUGUUGGAGAAAAGAGAGGAUAUGCCGCGUGGCUGAUGUGGAUAGACGAGAAUCUACAAUCAAAAAAGCUUGUUUAUUCCUUUCCUAUCUUUGACUUUGCAGUCAUGGUCCCUUCCGUCUGUCGGUUUGUUGUAUCGCAGACAUUUAGCGACGUGGUAUAUUUCAGGUGACACCCUCGUCUUUGAUUUGCUCGCUCAUCAACAUGGUGCUCGUUAUCGAUGUGACUUCGGACUUUGCUUGUCCUUGGUGCUACGUGGGGUUCAAGCGCCUGGAGAACGCGGUCUCGAAAAGUUCCGAGCAGGUGGACAUCCGCUGGCACCCCUACAUGAUUGACCCAGCCACGCAGAAGAGCGGCGAGCCCUACCUCGCGUACAAUCGUCGUCGCUGGGGCGGUGAUGGGUGGGUGGCCGGGAUGAAGCGCGAUGCCCUCCGCGACGGCUGUACAUUUGAGAAUUGGGGCGGGCAGAAUCCGGACAGCGUCUGGGCACACACACUGCACGCCCACCGUUUGAUGCUUUUCGUGAAGGACCGAAUCAAAGUCGUGAAUGGCAGGGAAGGACAAGGAGAUCUUCAGGUGGGAACAACAAAUCUGGAGCAUUUGUUGAAAAAGAAACUUUUCGAGGAGUACUACGAAAAGGGGCGGAAUAUCUCGCUGACUUCCGAGUUGACCCGGAUCGGCCAAGAGUUCCUCGCGGAGCAGCACGGGUGUCUACACGAACGCGGCAUCAAACUUGCUGAGGCGUCGAGUGCAGCAUCCGAGGGGGCAGCUGGUUUGUCGCUGGAAGACCUGCAGGAAAAGCUCGCCAAAUUCAUGGCCUCGACGGACGAGCGGGACGGGUACGCGGAGGUGCUUUCGCAAGACAAGCGGGCGAAGACGCGCGGGGUAUCUGGCGUGCCGUUCUUCGAAAUUCGGGGGGUCAGGCACAAACCCUUUUCCGGGGCGCAACCGACGGAAUUUUGGGAGGACGUCCUGGCGCAAUUGGCGGAAAAAUGAAAAACAAAAAGAAUUGGUUUUUUCGCUUUGAGUUACCGCAGUCAUUCAUAUCGAGAGGGAAAAACUAAAAAGAACAUAAAGACGAAUGCAAGAAUGCUC